AUGAUCAUCUCUUGGUCAACAGGUCCUUCAGCUGGAGAUGCCACCUCGAGGAGAAGAAUUGAACCCUGGGAAUUUGAAGUCUCUUUUGACCCCAGAGAACUCCGUAAAGAGGCCUGUCUGCUCUAUGAAAUCAAGUGGGGCAAGAGCCGUGACGUCUGGCGACACACGGGCAAAAACACCGCCAAGCAUGUUGAACGCAAUUUUAUAGAAAAAAUUACUUCAGAAAGACAUUUUCACCCAUCCACCAGCUGCUCCAUCAUCUGGUUUUUGUCUUGGAGUCCCUGCUGGGAAUGCUCCAAGGCUAUUGGAGGGUUUCUGAAUCAGCAUCCUAGCGUGACUCUGGUUAUCUACGCAGCGCGGCUUUUCCAGCACAUGGAUCCGCGAAACCGGCAAGGACUCAGAGACCUGAUUUGCAGUGGCGUGACUAUCCGGAUUAUGGGAGCCCCAGAGUAUGACUACUGCUGGAGGAAUUUUGUCAACUACCCACCUGGGAAAGAAGCUUACUGGCCAAGAUACCCCCCUCUGUGGAUGAAGCUGUAUGCACUGGAACUCCACUGCAUAAUUCUAGGCCUCCCUCCCUGUUUAAAGAUUUCAAGACUAUAUCAGAAUCAGCUGACAUGGUUCAGACUUGAUCUUCAAAAUUGCCAUUACCAAAUGAUUCCACCCCAUAUCCUUUUAGCUACCAGGUUGAUACAACUUCCUGUGAUUUGGAGAUGA